UCCUCUUUGUGAGGCCUUAGUGAUUCCGUGCUAUGGUUUCUUGUUCUCAUGUGGUUUAUCCUAGUGAGACAUGCCUCUUCUUUCUUACAGUUGUACAAUAUGACAACUUAUUGCAGUUAUUGACUCUUACAUAGCACAGUGCCUUAGGGAGGGUAGAAGGUGCUCUUUUUUAUAGAGGCAGGUCUUUUGUUGAUAUGGCUUCAGAAAUCACUUAUGCAGAAGUGAAGUUCAAGAAUGAAUCCAACUCCUUGGGCACCUACUCAGAAUCUCAGUAAUUAUGUGUCAUGGAGGAAAGUGAAGAAGAUGAAGGUGGAAAAGAAGAAACAAGGAUGGAGCUUACUUCUCAUGAAAUGAAUGUGCUUCUCCUUCUAGCUCCCAGAAAGAAACACAUCCGUCAUUUAAUUUAUUUUCAGAAGUACUCUCAACUUCUUGAAGAAAAAAAAGCUAUAAAAAAUAUAAGUCACAACGAAUUGAACUGCACAAAAGAAUUUUUGCCCAUGGAAGACAAAGUCUGGAGCUGUUGCCCAAAGGAUUGGAAGCUACUUGGUUCCCACUGCUAUUUGGUUCUCCCAGUUACUUCAACUGACUCAGCAGCAUCUUGGAUGAAGAGUGAGGAAAAGUGCUCUCAAAUGGGUGCUCAUCUGCUGGUGAUCCAUAGCCAGAAAGAACAGGACUUCAUCACCAACAUCCUGAACACUCGUGCUGCUUAUUUUAUAGGGUUGAGGGAUUCAGGUCAACGAGAAUGGCAAUGGGUUGAUCAGACACCAUACAAUGAGAGUGCCACGAGUCCUAUGAGACACACAUUAUUGAUACUCCCAGUAGAGAUGAGGAAAUUCAGUUUGGAGAAUGUAGAAGAUAAGAAACCAGGGCACCCAUUCAACGUCCUUACACCUAGAUUCUGGCACAAAGGUGAGCCCAACAGUGAUAAUGAAAAAUGUGUUACAUUAAAUUAUCGUCUGAAUGCUGGAUGGGGCUGGAAUGAUAUCCCUUGCAAUCAGAAACAGAAGUCAGUUUGUCAGAUGAAGAAAAUAUACUUAUAAAUCCAACAUUCUCCAUGAGCAUUUGAUUUCAUUGUUAUGCACCAUUACUCGUACACCUGGGAAGUUCUACAAGUGGAAGCGAUGCCCACAGAAUUUAAGUGGGAAGCAAAUUGUUAUGCAUAUGAAAACAGUGCUCCACGUAUAUCCUUGGGUAUUCAUCCAUGUAUUCUGUCAUAAAAUGAACUUUCAUUGGGAAUUUUCGACAUGCUAGGGACAAUACAGUGACCCUUUUGGGCACAUAUGGAGCUUUUCUGCCAACUCCUCAACAUUUCAUUUACUCACAUCAUUGUAUGAGAUGUUCCCCUGAUCUGUCUGCUUUUCUGUUUUUUAAUUACCUUUGGUUUUAUUGACAAAAUUGCAAAGUAAAAUUAUAUGUAUAUCUAA